AACAGAGAAAUCUCAGGGUCGUCUGUACUUGAUGUAGUGUUAUUUACGGUGACGAUACUCCUAUUUACACUUAGGUAAUUAUCAGUUUUCGCCGCCAUUUACGAUCUUUGACAAUUGAUGUUUGAUUUGCAUACAUUUUACAAUGCUAAAUGCCCACCAUGAAAGCGAGGUAGCCGACAAUUGAAGAAAAAUGUCGUCUCCAGCGAGUGAACUUCUUUCAGUUUCCAGUGAAUUUUAUUGUUGUUGUGGAACCAGUACCGUGUCGAAUUUACUUCGUAGAUGGAGCUUUAGUCUUCCUUAAUGCUUAUCGUGACUAGAUAUUAGCUGAAGAUCGUAAAGUCUAAGUGUAUUCAAGUUGUUCCUGGAAUUUCGGUCUGGAUAAUGGUGCUGAGAUAGUGGAUUAUGGUUUGAACAAGCGUGGUAAGAGAGUGCCAUGGUUGUGUGGUAAACGGCACUCUUUCCCCAAUUUUUGGGGCCACCCCCUACCACCACCAUCCCCCCCAACACCACACAUUUGCAUUUUUCAAUCAUCACACCAUCAAUAUUCACCACACAUGUCUUCAUAGUUGCUCUGCCAUUUUGGGACUCCACUUUGGUUGCAGCAUAGGAGGGUGUCUGACAACAUGAGUGAAGGAGGCAAGAAAUGGCAAUGUGGAAGAUGCACGUAUCUCAAUUAUGCCAGUGCUCUACGUUGCACCAUGUGCACGGUUCCCCGCUCACCCCAUCUCAUUGUAGAAGCUGGUACCGACAUCUACCAACUGGGAUGUCAGGCAGGACCUCCAACCAGACCACCACCAGAAGGUGGUCUUCCUCCACAAGAGGUCGACAAGUGGACUUGCCACUUGUGUACAUACCGCAAUUUUCCAAAAGCACUACGUUGUACCCAGUGCCGCACACCUCGCCUUUCAUUAGCUGACCAAAUGGCAAACAUGUCUUUAGCGAAACCGGCUUCACCUUCGCCUACAAAACCUGUCACUACCAUACCUCUUAACCCUGCUGCUCCUACUCCUCCAGCGACUGCUGCGGUUACGUCAAUCACCACAUCUCCCACCCUCGUGACAUCUGCCAAAAUCGUCACGGGAUCAUCCAUUACUACCACUACGCCAACUAAUAACCGCACGGGUGGACAAAGCCCCAACAAAGGUGUUCCUGGGCAACAAAGUUGCAUUCACGGAGCAGGAGCAGAAAACGAAAGUCCAGGAGGAACGCCACCUGGUGGAGCAGGGCGAUGUAGUCCUCAAGGAGCAGGAAUGACUCAGUCUCAAUCUCGUCACGAAGGAGAGCCGGCCGUGCCCAGUUACAAAUGGCGCUGCCGGGCAUGUACAUAUGAAAAUUGGCCACGAUCAACCAAGUGUGUCAUGUGUGGCACCCCUAAAGGUCUUUGCCCUCCCGCAGCUCAGUCGCAACCUGCGCGCCUUGCUACUCCCCCUCCUCCAACAGACAGCAAAAACAAUAAUAAUAAUAGUUCAAAUAUAGUUACAACACCAAGUGAACCUUGUGAGAUACCCAACAAAGUGGAAAUUAUACAAGAAACAAGUGACGUUCAACAGACUGACAUUAAUGCUAAAAACAGAGAAAAUAUAAUUGAAAUUAGCAAAUCUCGAAUAAGUGAACCUCAGGUCCAAGAACAGCAGCUAAUAUCCCAAAGAAAUGCGAAUGAAACUAAUGAAAAUAGUAGUAUUGCUACUAACAUGAGCACAAAUAUCGGCCCAGGUGCUGUCAGUCAUCGACCUGGAGAAGGAGCUAUGGCUCUGAAUAACUACGAAACUGAACGACUGUUGCGGCAGCUUAGACGUCGAUUACGGGAAGCAGAUUGGGCCUGGUUGAAUGCAUGCAAUGGUGUUGUGGAAGGCAACUAUGAACCGGUGGAAGCAUAUUUAUCUGCAGGUGGUGAUCCUAUGAGACAGUUAACAAGCGCAGAUGUAAAAUUGCUGUCACGUCCUUCUGCAUUUGAUGAAGGUCAUACGUUAGUGCAUUUAGCCAUCAGAUUUGGCCGUGAAGAUUUAUUGGCUACAAUACUCUCUCGGAUGGACGGAGGUGGCACUGGGGUCAAGAGGGUCCCAUCUUAUGUUGCACCUGACUUGGCCAAUGACAUUCGUCGUCACAUGUCGGCUUCCAUCCGCCAGAGGAAAGGUCCAUUUCCUUGCCAUUUUGUAUCCGAGUUAGUUACAUUUUCUCUGCCCGCAGAUAUCGAAGAUUUACCUGUAAGUGUACAAGAACAGUUGUUUGAAGAAUUACUUGAUAGAGAUGCCCAAAAGCAACUAGAGGAGGAUGCUCCUAUCAUUAAUUGGUCCCUAGAAAUUACAGAUCGGCUGGGAUCCAGACUAUAUGCUCUUUGGAAUCGCACUGCAGGGGACUGCCUCCUAGACUCAAUGCUGCAGUCUACCUGGGGCGUAUUUGAUCGGGAGAAUGUCCUGAGAAGAGCAUUGUCAGACAGCUUGUCAGAAGCUUCUCAUUUAUUCUAUCCCCGCUGGAAAGAGUAUGAACGCUGGCAAGCUCGCCUGUUAGACUAUUAUGUUCCAGAAGGUCAGGUUCUAGAGGAGUGGGCAGAACUGAUAUGCUUGGCCUCUCAACCUGGUGCUGCCUUGGAACAGCUACAUAUAUUUGUGUUGGCGCAUAUUCUUAGAAGGCCAGUCAUUGUGUACGGGGUGAAGUGUGUGAAAAGUUUUCGAGGAGAAGAUCUAGGAUUUGCUAGAUUUGAAGGUGUUUAUUUGCCUCUGUUGUGGGAACCUUCAUUUUGCUGGAAGUCUCCCAUAGCCUUAGGAUACACUCGGGGUCACUUCUCAGCUCUGGUGCCCAUGGAACCUGAUUCUCCUGAUAAUUUAGGAGCAGGUGCAAUUCUAGAUGCAGGAGAAUCUCAAGUAGUAUUUCUACCUUUAAUGACCCAUGAUGCCAAACUUCUACCAGUCCACUUUCUCACACAGGCUGAGGUUGGUUGUGAGGAAACCUUACUGAGGCAGUGGCUAGAAGUGUGUGUUAGCGAAGGAGGCGUGCUUGUCGCUCAGCAGCACAUAACCAAAAAGCCAUUAACUGUUGCACAGAUGACUGAGGAAUGGCUCAACCAUUACCGAAGACUAGCGCAAAUGGAACAUGCCCCCUAUCACCGCCCAUUAACAACCCAGGGAUACUCUAGCGAUGGGGAUUCUGAGGAAGAAUGAUAAACCAUACAAGUCUUGCUGUUUCUCAUUUGUUUAAAGUAGAAUGUCAAUCAUAUUUGGCAGCCAAGAAAAAACUGUUCAAGAUGAAAAGGAAUUGAUGGUAUACUGCAGAAUGUAGUGCAACUGUUAUCUGUGUAAAGGGUAAUGCAUGGUGUUAAAAAUGCGUGAUUCGACAUGGCUGUUAAUGUUGGAAACAUGAUUGAAAUGGAGGACAAGUUAUUGGUGAAAGAAAUUUAUAACUAUAAAUCUUCCUUUAAACUGAAGCUAUUUGCAAAAUUCCUUGUGAGGGAACUAAAAUAGCUUUGAAGUAUAAAUAGCAUACAGUAUAUCAUACAGCAGAUGUGUAUGCAUAUAAUGCCAUUCACAAGCAUAAUUUAUUGGCUAUUGGUGAAGGUUCAACCAAUUGUUUCUGGUUAUGUGAAAAGAAAAAAUAUAAGCUUCAAGCAUGCCAUUUAGCAAUCUGCCAUGCUAACUUUUCAUUUCUUAGUAAGCAGUGCAUUGCUUAUACACUUAAAAGUGAAAAGGUAACCAUAUCCGGCCAUUUCAGAUAUCACUAUUCAGUUUUUGAAAAACAUUUUAAGGCAACAUUUCAUUCUUGAAGAUAUUUCAAAUUUGUUAUUUUAUGUGUUUUUAGAUAUCAGAAAAUACACAUCACAGAUUGCUAAUGAUGGUAAACUUAUGUGCAGAAUUGAAGACUAGAAGAUAUUGCUGAAAGUGGAUGGAAAUUCAUGUAAAAGUGGUACUAUCUGUGGACAUUGUUCUAUAUGAACUGCAUAAUUCAUUUUCCAAAGAUCCGAUCAUUGUACAGUACAAAAUUUUAUGUCGUGCAUUUCUCAAUCGUUAUUAACCAAUGUCUGUUGGCAGAACCAACUUACUUUCCCUUUAAGAACUUUUUGGGAUGGUAAAGCUUAAAAUUUUUUUGUAAUUUUUCAGGUAGAAUGGCGAGUUUGUCAUUUCUCAAUAAUAAUUUAGUUCUUGGAGAGGAUCAAAAUUUUUGACGUGGGGAACGCAUUUGUUUUACAGUAGUACUGUAGUAAUUUGGUUGUAUUUUUGAAGGCCUUAAUUUGGAGAGGCUGUGAUUUUAAAGCAGAAUACAGUAGUGUGUUGACCUUUGUUAUUGAUACUUAUCUGUACAACAUUAUGAGAAUCUUAUUGCUGCAGCAGCUUCUCAAAAAUGUUUGAAAUGCCCAUACAAAGCAAGUCAGCAUUAAUCUUUGCUUUUAUUUUGAAGGAUAAUUUUCAUACUCUAGAUAACAUAAUCCAGGCUCUGAAUCCACAAUCCUAAUUUCUAACAAUAGUCAACUCAUUUUUUGCAGGUACUCCUCGAGUAAUUUUUUUUCCUUUAUAGUAAUACAUCUAAAAGUUGGCUACAUACUGCUUACCUUAAAGCUGCAGUGAAGACAAGUACUUUAAUACUAUAUAACUUGCCUACACUUCAUAAUUACAUCACAACCCAGAGGUUAGGUACAAGAAAUCAGCAACAUUAACUUGACCCUCAUGGUUUCAUGAAAGAGCAUUUUUACUUGAGUUAAGAAUGGUUUUCAAGUUUACAGUAAUAUUUGGUUGUGAGUAAUAAUCAGUAUUUUUUUUUUCUUGUUUUUUUUUUGAGUGGUUUGUUGUAGGAAGGAGUUGAAAUGAGUUCUGUAUACCUAAUUCAAAGCACAAAUCAAGUUCUCUUCCUCAUACACUAAUCCUGUACUAAAAUUUCAGUUCUCCUCGUGUAGUUCAAAUAUCUCAUUUAUUGCCAAAGUACUAGCAACAUCUCAAAGAGCCCAACUUUUUUUUUUUUAUCUACGUUGUUCCUUUCCGUCCAGUUAUUUAAAUGGUUUUAGUAUCCGCAGUCGCUACUUUCCAGUAAUUGUAACUGUGUUUGCAAUGAGUAUAUUAUAUUCAUAUCAUGUAAAUAUGUAUAGCUAGUUUAUUUCACUACUUUCUUGUGAUUGUUUUGCUUUAAAAUUUAGUCAUAUCAUUGAGAUCAUAAUGUAUUGAGUUAGGAAUGUGCAUUUUUGGCAAGAUUUGCUCUUAUUUUCUGAAGUUUUUCUCUUUAGUAAUCCAUUGAAGAGCCAUUUAUAAGAAUUUCUUCCCUUUGCAAUUAUUAUUCAUCAGUAUGUUGUAUUUCAUACCUAAUUUUGAUACAGGAAAAUACAUUGCAAACAGAAUACGUAUAUGAAAUGGGUUCUGAAGGAUCAAUUCUAUGAUUUUGAAUUCCACAGUUUUCAGCUACAAAAAUAUGCAUACGAGAUACAACAGAUGUUGGAUGGGUAAUUGCGAAGUCCAUAGGAACUGCUUCUAUUUAAGGGUUGUAUUUGCUAGGUAGCACUUCUUUGACAUCUUCAUCAUCAUAAUCUCCGCUUCUCUCCAUGGUUACAGUACAAACCAAGAACACACUGUGAUGAAAUCACUGAACAGUAUCCUUUCAGGAUUUUUAACUAAAGCUCAUUCACUAUAAAGUAAACACAGAAAAAAAUUGGGCUUCAUGUUUGACAGAAACCAGGGAUGAGAUUCCUUGAUUUCACCACACCUAUUUUAGCUGUCGGAAAUAAAUAUCUAAAUUUUUGUAGUUUCAUGAGAGAAGACCCUCAGACAUCAUUAUUGCAUGAUGUAAAAAUUGCCUGUGCUGUUUUUUAAGAAAGUAGUUUAAAAUUAAAACUGUCAGUGCAUAAUAGCUAGACCUUUGUAAAAAAUUUCCAGUUUACCAGUUUUUUGGUAUGGAAUUUUAAAUGCUCCCCCACAAUUAUAAAAUAAACAAAAAAAAGAUUUUCACAUUUCCAGUAUUGAGACUGUAGUUAUUUUUUUUCUUGGAUGAUUCCCUGAAUAUAUAGUGUACCCCAAUCACACCUAUUAUUACCUGGCUGAUAAAACUGAAUUAUAUGUUAAGUCUAUAUGUUGUUUAUCACCAAAUUCCUAGGAAGCUAACCCAUAGUAGUGAAGCAUUACUGGAUUGUUUGCCAGAGAUUAUUGUUAUGUAUAUAUAACGAGAUUAUACAAAUUGCUGAGAAA